GGUUUGGAAUCAAAGGUGGAGUCGUUGGAUCUGGACGUCUCAAAUCCAGCUUGCAUCCUAUCACGAGGAAGGGGACGUGGGGGCAGAGUUGCUGGAUCUCCUGUAGCCACUAUGGCAAAGCGUUAG